AGUGUGUGUUACCAAGUGUUGUAGAGAGCGAAGGAAUGAACAGUUCGAGAGGCAGGCAGAUGAUCAUUCAGGGCCGGAGAGAAAAGGCAAGAUCCGUGUUCAGGCCAAGGUCAGGAAUUGAGGAAAGCAGUCCAAAAACCCAGGGGGAAACAGACGAUCUCGAAGGGGGGAGAUUCUGCGGGAGAGCAACACGGACGUGAAGUGAAGUGAAUUAUAUUUAUAUAGCGCUUUUCUCUAGUGACUCAAAACGCUUUACAUAGUGAAACCCAGAAUCACGGAGGGAAACACAACAACGGUCAGCGAACAUCAGGCUUACGGUACACCAUUUGAGAACUAAGUUCCCGCGCAGAUCCUUGGGUCCACUGGUCCCUUUGUACAGCUUAGCAUCAUCAGUCACAGGUGUGCAGGUUGACUGAUCGUCUGCAGGCUUGAAGUUGCGUGGGCGUGCUGCGAUAAGCAUGAGCGGGGGGGCGUGUCCGGGUGGUCUGUCAGCGGGUCCUCUGGGUGGUCCCGCAGAGGAGGGAGACGCAGACUGCGCAUGUGCCACAACACUAUUGGCGCAUGCAAAACAGCAGCAGGCGGCUGUAGCCUGCGGACCGGUUCUAAUACUAAUCAAACAUCAUAGAUAACUUCGACACCCCUGGUUUACAACAUACCAGUAGGUACUUCAGGGGACAUUUUGAAGAUACUGAAUUGUCAAAAGAGUACUUGUAGGAGUUGUAAUUUUAAAAGCAAUUUACAGCAAUAAUUAGCAGUUUGGUGUAACAAUCUGGUAUGGUUUCAAAGUGGCAAGGACAAGGUUAAGUGCAAAAUGGCUUAUCUGCUCUUUGUACUUUGCUGGGGACGCAGAGGGAGAGAAAAGAGAAGAGAGAGGGAGAAAGAAAGAGAGAGAGAGAGAGGGGAAGAAAAAGAUGUGGGUGAGCAACAGCAGCCCCACACGUUGAUUGUGAUGCUGGCGUCUCUCUCCUUCAUUCAGUGCUCAGCCGAGUGAGAAGCCAUCAAGGACAAUUUUACAAACACACCGAAUCAUGUCGGGGGCUGAUUUCACCUGUGAGGAGUGUUUUUCCGCCCAUGAUUCCAACAGCACGGAAUUGCACCCCGCACUUUCCACGGUGGACGACGAUGAACUUUUGCGAUACAUCUGGACGGAGUACCUGCACCCCAAACAGUACGAGUGGGUCCUCAUUGUGGCCUACAUCAUCGUCUUCUUCGUCUCACUCAUUGGCAACUCUCUCGUUUGUUUUGCAGUGUGGAAAAACCGCCACAUGCGCACGGUGACCAACUAUUUCAUAGUGAACCUCUCCUUUGCGGAUGUCUUGGUGACCAUCAUCUGCCUGCCUGCAAGCCUAGUGGUGGACAUCACAGAGACCUGGUUCUUUGGACAGACGCUUUGCAAAGUUGUGCCCUACCUGCAGACCAUCUCCGUCUCUGUGUCGGUCCUAACGCUAAGCUGCAUCGCGCAAGACCGCUGGUACGCCAUAUGCCACCCGCUGAUGUUCAAAAGUACUGCCAAGAGGGCUUGCAAGAGCAUCAUUGUCAUCUGGCUGGUGUCGUGCGUCAUCAUGAUCCCUCAAGCCAUCGUGAUGGAGAGCAGCAGUCUGCUGCCGUCUCUCACCAACAAGACCAGCUUGUUCACCGUGUGUGAUGAACAUUGGGAAGCCGAUAUCUACCCAAAGGUGUAUCACAGCUGUUUCUUCAUCGUCACAUACUUUGCACCUUUGUGCCUGAUGGUUCUGGCCUACAUCCAAAUAUGUCACAAGCUGUGGUGUCAGCAGAUUCCUGGCAGCACAUCAGUCAUGCAGAGGAAGUGGAAGACAAUUCAGUGCACCGCCUCCACCCCCGGGCCGGGGGAGGCCACGCGGGUCAAGACCAGCACGGUCUGUGCGGAGAUCAAACAGAUCCGAGCGCGCCGCAAGACAGCUCGCAUGCUGAUGGUGGUGCUCCUUGUCUUUGCUCUGUGCUACCUGCCCAUCAGUGUGCUCAAUGUCAUGAAAAGAGUGUUCGGGACGUUCAAGAACACCGAUGAUAGACAGACGGUGUACGCUUGGUUCACGUUCUCACACUGGCUCAUCUACGCCAACAGCGCGCUCAAUCCCAUCAUCUACAAUUUCCUCAGUGGCAAGUUUCGUGAGGAGUUCAAGGCCGCCUUUUCUUGUCACUGUUCCGGACAAGACCAAGACAGACCCAAGAGGACGAGAGCUCGGAUGAGCACAGACAGCCGGAAGUCGCUGUCGACCCAAGUGAACCACAUGGACAACGUGUCACGCAUAUCGGACCAGGUUGUGUAGCGUCAGCACGGCGGAUUCUUCACGUUUCCAACAAGCACUUGAAUGCAUCUUCCCUGUUCAAACUGGCUCUUACUUUGGAUAAAGGGGGGGAAAAAAGGCCUCGGUGAUGAGUCUCUGGCUGUGGUCUCUAUGACGAAGUCACUCUUAGAAAGACGUCUGUCAGGGUCAGUGGUCUUCUAUUCGCGUUUACAGUCUCCACAUUUCUUUAACCCAUUUUCUCACAAUAUAUCUUCUCAAAGUACAAGAAAUACAACUUGGAUAGACCUUAGAGUAGUCAGUGUGUAACUUGUUAAACGGUAAAGAGUUACUGUACUGGGGCGGUAUAGCUCGGUUGGUAGGAAGGCCGUGCCAGCAACUUGAGGGUUCUAGGUUUGAUACCCGCUUCCGCCAUACUUGUCACUGCAGUUGUGUCCUUGGGCAAGACCCUUAACCCACCUGCUCCCAGUGUCACCCACACUGGUUUAAAUGUAACUUACCGUAUUUUUCGGACUAUAAGUCGCAGGUUUUUUCAUAGUUUGCGACUUAUACUCAGGAACGACUUAUGUGUGAAAAUAUUACCACAUUACCAUGAAAUAUCAAAUAAUAUUAUUUAGCUCAUUCACGUAAGAGUCUAGACCAAGGGUGUCGAACUCAAAUACAGAGUGGGCCCAAAAUUUAAAACUGAACAAAGCCGCGGGCCAAGGUUGAACAAAUUAACCUUUUAAUAGGGACCCAAACAAGUUUUGCAUUGAAUAUUGAACAAGCAAGGCUUUUAUAACUUUAUAGUGACAUAUAAAAUCGAGUUUCAAAUAAUAAUAAUAAUAAUUUAAAAAUAUCUAUGGCAUAUCCAAUAAAAUUUAAAUACAAAUGUAAUGCCUCUUUUCUAUUUGCAGCCUUCUGAGGUAAAUAUCAACAUAUAUUGUGGCGUCCUAAAAGAGUUAGUGCUGCAAGGGGUUCUGGGUAUUUGUUCUGGGGCGGUAUAGCUCGGUUGGCCAGCAACUUGAGGGUUGCAGGUUCGAUCCCCGCUUCCGCCAUCCUACUUACUGCCGUUGAGUCCUUGGGCAAGACACUUUGCCCACCUGCUCCCAGUGCCACCCACACAGGUUUAAAUGGAACUUAGAUAUUGGGUUUCACUAUGUAAAGCGCUUUGAGUCACUACAGAAAAAGCGCUAUAUAAAUAUAGUUCACUUCACUUCACUGUUGUGUUUAUGUUAUGUUACAGUGCAGAUGUUCUCCCGAAAUGUGUUUGUCAUUCUUGUUUGGUGUGAGUUCACAGUGUGGUGCAUAUUUGUAAUAGUGUUAAAGUUGUUUAUACGGCCACCCUCAGUGUGACCUGUAUGGCUGUUGACCAAGUAUGCAUUGCAUUCACUUAUGUGCGUGUAAUAGCCGCAUAUAUUAUGCGAGUGGGCCUGCACGCUGUUUGUAUGGAGGAAAUGCGGACGUGAUGACGGUUAUAGAGAAUGCUAAAAGCAGUGCCUUUAAGGAACGCCCUCAAUAUUGUUGUCCGGGUGAAAAUCGGGAGAAUGCUUGCCCCGGGAGAUUUUCGGGAGGGGCACUGAACUUCGGGAGGAUUGGCAAGUGUGUAAUAACGGCGGGCCAGCUGUAAUGUUAAUUUGAUAUUGCCUCAAGGGCCAAAUUAAAUUACACGGCGGGCCAUAUUUGGCCCGCGGGCCGGAGUUUGACACGCAUGGUUGGUAGAGAGGCUGUAUACGAUAUCAUGAGAUUUAGCAAUUAGGAGUGACAGAUUGUUUGGUAAACGUAUAGCAUGUUCUAUAUGUUAUAGUUAUUUGAAUGACUCUUACCAUAAUAUGUUACGUUAACAUACCAGGCACCUUCUCAUUUGGUUAUUUAUGCCUCAUAUAACGUACACUUAUUCAGCCUGUUGUUCACUAUUAUUUAUUUAUUUUAAAUUGCCUUUCAAAUGUCUUUUCUUUGUGUAAGGUUUUAUCAAAUAAAUUUCCCCCCCAAAAAACCAAUACAUUUCCCCCCAAAAUUCGACAUAUAUGUUUUUUUCCUUCUUUAUUAUGCAUUUUCGGCAGGUGCGACUUAUACUCCGAAAAAUACGGUAGAUAUUGGGUUUCACUAUGUAAAAGCGCUUUGAGUCACUAGAGAAAGGCGCUAUAUAAAUAUAAUUCACUUCACUUGUGCUUCAAAAUGUCACAGUGCAUGUCGGAUUGUGUGUCUUUAACCAGUGAACCGCAGUUCUCUCGCGACAGCAGCACUCGUUCAGCACCAGACUUUGGAGAGUUGGCAGAGAGUUGGUUGGCGGCCCUCUUGGUUGCUUUGUUGGGUCUGCUCCUGUCUCUGGCCGUGCUCCUUCCACCCCAGCGGACGAUGGCGUGGAACACCGCAGAGGUCACCACAGUGUAUAUGUUGCUUUUUGUUUGUAUUCAUAGCUGUAUGUAGAAGUGGCUGGUUGUAUCCGCUGCUUUAAUGUCUUUGAUGUCCUUUGUCUUCUUUGAUGUUUGAUGUUUCACUCUUACACACAUGUGAGAGGGAUGUGUACUAUGGUUAUGAGUUGUCAUUUUUUUUUUUUUUUCCUUUGGCCUCAGUCUGGACCCCCUCUCCAGGUUUCAUGCUUGAACCGAUUUUUUUGUUUGAUUUGAUUUUAUUUCAAUCUUCUAUUUUUUUCUCCCAUUCCCCCCCACUUGUUUACCUGUAUCUUAUCUUUUUUGUAAGGGCCGCUGGAAGCCGGCAGACCCGUCAGCGAUCCCGUUUUGUCUCCCUCUAAUGUUUGUCUGAUCUUGAAUGGGAUUGUGCUGAAAAUUUAAAUUUUCCUGAAGGAAUAAAUAACGUACUAUCUAAUCUAAUCUAAUCUAAUGGCGCUACCACGAGCCAGUAGGCAAGGCAGUGUCCCUCUCCUCUCGUGUUGCCCGUUAUUUAGACAAUAAUGAUGUGUACAAAUGUAUAAAUCAAUGCAAGCUGCACACUGACUACUCUAGGACCAUGUUUACGUUCCACAGUGUUUUCCCUCAAGAACAUAUCAUAAAAUGUUUGCUUAAAUGUGA